UUUCCGGGCAGCCGCCGGCAAGAAGAGCUAGUUGUUCCGGUCGUGUGGAAGUGGACCAUCCCACACUUGCCUCCAUCCGCCCCCUCAGACUACUGCCACCACUACAUAAAGUCUGAUGGGUCUUACACGGAUUAUUAUUGUUUCUGCCCAUAUCCUAUGAUAGGGAACCCAUUAAUUGCAAAUGGAUGUCAUGGUGGUCGUAAGCUCACCGUCAAGGAACUAUCUGCUAUUAUUGGUGUUAGUGGAAGUUUUGGAAUUUUGUUGUUAGUAUGGGGUUGUUUCAUCCUCCGAAAAACGAUCAAGAAGAGAAAGAUGAAGAAACAGAGGCAGAAGUUCUUCAAGCGUAAUGGAGGUUUCCUUUUACAGCAACAACUCUUAGCUAAAGAUGGGACUAUAGAGAAAGCUAAGAUUUUCACUGCAAGUGAGUUGGAUAAGGCCACUGAUCAUUUCAAUGCCAAUAGAAUUGUAGGUCGAGGUGGGCAAGGCACUGUGUACAAAGGAAUGCUAAUUGAUGGACAAAUUAUUGCAGUUAAGAAAUCACAAGCAGUGGAUGAGAACCAGUUGGAGCCAUUCAUCAACGAGGUUGUCAUUCUGUCCCAAAUAAAUCAUAGGAAUGUUGUCAAGCUACUGGGGUGUUGUUUAGAGACGGAAGUUCCCAUUUUGGUUUAUGAAUUUAUACCAAAUGGGACACUUUUGAGCCUUAUUCAUAACAAUUUUGGCGACGAGCUCAUUCCACUCUCGUGGGAUAUUCGCCUCAGGAUUGCAUCAGAGGUGGCUAGUGCUUUAGCUUAUCUCCACUCCGCCUCAUCAAUUCCUAUAUACCAUAGAGACAUCAAGUCCAGUAAUAUCCUUCUGGAUGAGAAAUUUCGAGCUAAAGUUUCAGAUUUUGGAACAUCAAGGUCUAUUUCAAUUGACCAAACUCACUUGACUACCAUAGUUAAGGGGACUUUUGGUUACUUGGAUCCAGAAUAUUUUCAAUCCAGUCAAUUCACAGAUAAAAGUGAUGUUUAUAGCUUCGGAGUAGUCCUUGCUGAGCUCCUGACGGGACAAAAGCCAAUUUCAUUUGAAGUUGAUAAUGACGAGGAUCGGAGCUUGGUAACACGUUUUCUAUUGUGUAUGGAAGAGAACAGUCUUUGGGAGAUUCUUGACGUGGAAGUUUCAGAGCAAGGGAAAAAGGAAGAUGUUAUGGCAGUUGCUUGGCUUGCACAACGUUGUUUGAACUACAAUGGGAAGAAAAGGCCUACAAUGAAAGAAGUGGCUGCGGAGUUGGAUGUCAUUAAAGCAUCUAAUCCCCAUCUUGCCUCGGCCAUGGAAAUAUUGGAAAAUGAAUCAGGUUUCAUAUAGCUUAAAUUUUACUAUUUCAGGUGUCAAAACUUGCCAGAAAUCGGUUUGAAUUAUCUUUGUAUGUGUUAAUUAUAUUUAAGCACACCUCUCUCAUGGUGUAGCUUUAUGUGUAGUUUAGAAUGUAAAACUAUAUAGCUUUAUUAUACUUUUCAUAAUUCAUGUAACUAAUUAUGAAGUUUUCCAUUUAAAUAAUACAACA